AUGGGAUUGAGUGCGUUGAACAUUGAUAAACUUCUGGUGCAUGCAGGAUUUGUUCUCUCACCAGCAAUUGCAUAUGUUCCACAAAUCAUAUCAAGAGACAUUCUCAUCUCGCCACUUAUCUCUAUGCUGUUCAUAAUGUCGAACAUACUAAAGCUGUUCCACUACUGCUUCAGAAAGUACGAAGAUCUUGUACUGGCACAGCACGUAUUUGCAAUUUUAUUGCAUUUGUGUCUGAUAAUAAUGAGCAGAAGGCCUCUUGGAGGAUUUGAGACAAAGAUGCUUGGAAGCGGAGCAACAAGGCUGCUUUUCAGAAGUUAUGGUGCCAAGGGCAGUGUAAUCGGGAUACUGAUUAUGUUUUCACUGAGUGUGAACUUGCUGGGAAUGACAUACAAGUCGUACGAGCCCUGUGGAAUCCUUUCGUCAAUUUUUGAAAUAGGAAUAAAUUUACUGCAGUUGAUACUAGAAAGAAGAGAAGCAAAGACAGGAGGCAUUAAGGGAGAAGCAAAGAGAUCGCCAAAAGAGGUUUAUGUGUGCUGGAUCCUCGGAGACAUAGUGAAGAUAUGGUUCUACUCGGGCCUUGAUGUGCCUCUCACAUUUAUGGUGACCAUAGCGGUUCAGAUUCUGAUUGAUGUGUUCCUGAUGCUUGCAUGA